AUGGUGAAAACUAAGCUCCGUGUCGGCAUCGCAGGCCUUGGCCGCAUGGGUAAACGCCAUGCCGUCAAUUUUCAUGAGUUGACCGCCCGAGCCAACGUCAUUGCAGCGAGCACGCCUGAUGGUGAGGAAAGGGAAUGGGGACAGGAAAACCUGGAGGGAGUGACGAUCUACGCCGACUAUGAUGAGAUGCUCGAGAGAGAGGACUUGGAGGCUGUGGUAAUUGCCAGUAUUACGGCAGUACACGCUGAGCAGGCUAUCAAGGCAAUCAAGAAGGGCUUGCAUGUUCUGUGCGAGAAGCCUCUCAGUAUUGACCUUGAUGUUGCUCAAUCCGUCCUUGACGCUUAUGAGAAAUCUCUGAAAACACACCCUAACCAGAAGGUGAUGUGUGGCUUCUCGCGCCGCUUCGACGCCUCAUACCGCGAGGCUCAUGAACGGAUCACGCGGGGCGAAUUCGGUCUCCCUGUUGUAUUCCGCUCCCAGACUGCGGACUUGAUCGAUACCUCGGGCUUCUUCGUGGAAUAUGCAAAGACAAGCGGCGGUAUCUUCCUCGAUUGCUCCAUCCAUGACAUUGAUCUCAUGCUGUGGUUCCUUGGCGAGGACAGCAACAUAAGGAGCUUGCAGUCUGUGGGAGUCACUGCCGUGCAUCCUGGCUUACAGGAAAGCAAUGAUCGCGACAAUGCAUUGGCCACGCUUGAAUUUGCGGGUGGUAAGAUCGCUGCUUUGUACUGCACGCGCAUGAUGGCGGCGGGACAGGAGGAUAUUACUGAACUUAUCUGUGAAAGGGGUUCAAUUCAGGUCAAUUUCCAGCCACGAAAGAACCAUGUUGAAAUUCAUGACGCUGCAGGCGCUAGACGGCUGCUUCCACAGCACUAUUAUGAGCGGUUUAGGGAGGCUUUCAUCACUGAGGCUGCUGAGUUUACUGAGUGUUGUUUGGAGAAUAAGGCUCCGCCGAUUAGCCUUCGGAGCUCGGUUAAGGCGGUCGCUGUUGGGCAGGCUUUGCAGCGCAGUUUGAUUAGUGGAGAGAAGAUAGUUUUCGAGGGUCAGACCUUAAAAAAUUAG